ACGGAGGCUAUGAGUGAGUUUAGUGUGGCAGAAGAUGAAAGAACUGGACGGGAAUACGGACGAAAUUGGAGCAGGGUUUGGGCUCUCCCCCUCGCAGAUAAUGGGAGGAGCCUGGCCCGAGCGAGCUCUUUCCUUUCGCUGCUGCGGCCGCAGCCAUGAGUAUGCUGAGGCUUCAGAAGAGGCUCGCCUCGAGUGUCCUCCGCUGUGGCAAGAAGAAGGUCUGGUUAGACCCCAAUGAGACCAAUGAAAUCGCCAAUGCCAACUCCCGUCAGCAGAUCCGGAAGCUCAUCAAAGAUGGGCUGAUCAUCCGCAAGCCUGUGACGGUCCAUUCCCGGGCUCGAUGCCGGAAAAACACCUUGGCCCGCCGGAAGGGCAGGCACAUGGGCAUAGGUAAGCGCAAGGGUACAGCCAAUGCCCGAAUGCCAGAGAAGGUCACAUGGAUGAGGAGAAUGAGGAUUUUGCGCCGGCUGCUCAGAAGAUACCGUGAAUCUAAGAAGAUUGAUCGCCACAUGUAUCACAGCCUGUACCUGAAGGUGAAGGGGAAUGUGUUCAAAAACAAGCGGAUUCUCAUGGAACACAUCCACAAGCUGAAGGCAGACAAGGCCCGCAAGAAGCUCCUGGCUGACCAGGCUGAGGCCCGCAGGUCUAAGACCAAGGAAGCACGCAAGCGCCGUGAAGAGCGCCUCCAGGCCAAGAAGGAGGAGAUCAUCAAGACUUUGUCCAAGGAGGAAGAGACCAAGAAAUAAAACCUCCCCCUUUGUCUGUACAUGCUGGCCUCCGUGGUUACACAGAUCAGCCAUUAAAAUAAAACAAGCCUUAAUCUGC